AUGUCACCAUCUCCAUCACCAUCUUCUGCUGAACAAGUCACUUAUUCAUUUGUGAGCUUUUAUUAUGGGAAAUUACAUGAAAACCCUACAGAAUUAUAUCAAGCUUAUACAAAAGAUGCCACAUUAACUCAUUCAAAAAUCCCUUCAAAUAAUAAUGAUCAAGAAAUUAUCAAUAAAUCAAUUGAAUUUGAACAAGUUUCAUCAAUUCAAGAAAUUGAAAAUUUUUAUUCAAAAUCAAAUAUUAAAAAUUGUAAAAUUAGAGUCUCAAGUAUUGAUUAUCAAGCGGUUUCAUUAAACAAUUCUGUUUUAAUUUCAAUCAUUGGUGAAUUGGCUUUAACUGAUGAAAGUCCAGUUUAUAGAUUUACUCAAUCUUUUAUCUUGGUUCCAGGUAAAGUUGCUAAUGCUUAUGAUAUCAGUAAUGAUAUCUUUAGAUUAAUUCCUGAUGAUGAUUUUGAAUUGAACCAAGAUGAAGAAAUUGCCGUUGUUGAAGAGAAACCAAAAGUUGAACAAGAGGUACAAUUAGAAGAUGAGACUCCAAAAAUUAAUGGUGAAGUCAACGAGGAAAAAAAAGAGGAGUCACCUGAAGCGGUUGAAAUUGAAGCUGUUGAAGAACCAAAACAAGUUGAAACUGCUGAAGAGGAAAAAGAAGUUGAAAUUGUUGACGAGGAAACUCCUGAAAUUCCAGAAGAUGAACCAAAAAAGAAUGAAGUUGAAGAAGAAAAAGAAGAAGAAGAAGUCAAACAAGAUGAGAAGCAAACCGAACAAGAACCUGCUAAACCUGUCAAGAAAAGCUGGGCUCAAAUCUCAAGUUCUGCUCCUGUUGUUUCAACAAAUGUUGCAAAACCAAAACCUAAAUCAAAAGCUACAACACCAACAAUCCCAAACACUGACACUACAAAAGAAUCUAAAGAAUCAAAAGAACCAUCACCAAAACCUCCUUUACAAAACAUCACCAAUCAAAAGGCAUCAAGAAAGAAAUUUGAACAUUUGUACCCUGUUUUAAUCAAAGGUACCGAAUAUUUAACUGCUCAAGAUUUGAAAAUUGCAUUGGAUCAAGAAUUUGGUAAAACUACUAAAGUUGAACCAAGAGGCACUUAUGCUUUAGCUGAUUUUGAAUUGGAAAAAUCACAACAAAAGGCUUUAGCUACCAAAAAUUUAAAAAUUGGGUCAAGCACAAUCUUAAUUGAACAAAAAACUAAAAGAUAUGAAUUUAAAGAUAGAAAACCAAAUACCAAUAAUAAUACCAACCAAAACAAUAAUAAGAAUAAAGAUGGCCCAAGACAAAAUAAUAAUGCUAAUUAUAAUCAAAAAAAGAAAAAUACAAACAAAUAA